AGAUAUUAGUGUUGCGCUAUAAAACGGGACGUAAAUAGAAAACUUGUAAUUAAAUAAAAAGAAAAAAGAAAUCUAUUAAAUAAAUAGAUAUAAAUAUUUUGUGGCUUAUUUACAAAUAAUAACCAAUAAAAAAAAAAUAUAAAAAAUUUAAUAUUAGACUUGCAUGCGGUGAAAGAAGCUAAGUAAUGUGGUGUUUUUCAUGCGUCUCAAAUUCAACUAACACAGAAACAAUGGCGGCUAUCCGCAAAAAACUGGUGAUUGUAGGUGAUGGUGCUUGUGGUAAGACAUGUCUCUUGAUUGUCUUCAGUAAAGAUCAAUUUCCAGAAGUCUAUGUACCAACGGUUUUUGAAAAUUAUGUAGCAGAUAUAGAGGUCGAUGGUAAACAGGUGGAGUUAGCGUUAUGGGAUACAGCCGGUCAAGAAGACUACGAUAGGCUUAGACCUUUAAGUUAUCCUGAUACAGAUGUAAUUUUGAUGUGCUUUUCAGUCGAUUCGCCCGACUCAUUAGAAAAUAUACCAGAAAAGUGGACUCCUGAAGUCAAACAUUUCUGUCCAAAUGUUCCAAUUAUUUUAGUCGGAAACAAAAGAGAUCUUCGUAAUGAUCCCAACACAAUUAGGGAAUUAGCCAAAAUGAAACAGGAGCCUGUCAAGCCACAAGAAGGUCGAGCAAUGGCCGAAAAAAUUAAUGCAUUCGCAUAUUUGGAAUGUUCAGCUAAAUCAAAAGAAGGUGUUCGAGAAGUAUUUGAAACGGCUACUAGAGCUGCCUUACAAGUAAAAAAGAAGAAGAAGACCGGGUGUUCCUUGCUCUAAAUUGUUUUUGCCGUUGUUUUUGUUUUUCACACUUAUACACAUACAUAUAAAAUAUAUAGAUAUAUAUACACACCAAAAACGAGGAAGAGCGUUUAACAGUUGGAAAAAAAAUUAAGAAAAUUUAUUUUUUUUUUAAAUAAAUAAAGAGUUAAAAAAUAUUUUUUUCGACAUCGAAAAAAAAAAAAAAUAAGAUUUUUACACAAAUUCAUUUUUUUUAAAGAAAAAAGGAAAUUAAAUGUGUCUUUUAUUUUUAAUAAUUUAAAAAAGAAAAGUUAUGAAAAUAAAUUGGAUAUAAUGAAAUAGUAGCAAAGCAGUAAAACAAAAAUUAAAAAAUCUUUUAAAGAUACUUUUAAUGCUAUUAUUAAAUUAAAAUAUCUAUUACAAAAAAUUAAUUAAGGAUAAUGGGAUGGUCAAAAAUUGUAUUCAAAAUACUUUUUUAAAAAGCAAAACAAACAUAAAAAAAAUAACUAAAAACAAAAACAUCAAAACAAUACGAAACAGUUUUUUUUUUAAUUUUCUAUUUCUACACAAUAAAAUAAAUAAAUGUUGGAACUUUUCUUUUCUAUAAUAAUAGGAUACGUUUACAUAAUUUUUAAAAUAAAAGUAAAAAAUGAAAAAAAAAAAAAUAAAAAAAACAAAACAACAAAAGCAAAAUAUUUUCCCUAACUAUUUUAUUAUUUACAAUUUUUUAAUUUUUAAUUAUUCAAAUUGUAUUUUACGCCAAGAUAAAUACGUAUUUAUUAUUUUUGAAAAAUAUAUAUUAAAAAAUAAAUAUGAAAGUAUUGAAAAAUUUCUAAAA